CCUGCAGCGUAUGUCAGAGAAACUAUACAGGGGACAGUUGUGACAUAACUUGCCCCAACUGUCGUCGUGGGAUGUGUACACGGGGACGGCUGUACCGAUGGCUGCCGGUGGGGGUAUUACGGAAAGUUCUGUGGCAACAAAUGUAGGACCAUGUGCUUGGAACCCUCUGACAACAGCGCAGAGUCAGUCAGGGACAUGUGCGUCAGGGAUAAUGGGAGUUGUCUGAACGGUUGCAAAGAUGGACAUUUCGGAGAACGGUGCCAGCACAGGUGUAACACCAACUGCAGAGCCUGCCAACAGACAAGCGGACACUGCACUGGUAGAUGCAACGAUGGCCACUACGGCGAGAGCUGCGAACACAACUGCCGCAACUGUAAACACGACAAAUGUUCCAACGAUGGACUUUGCUACCAAUGUCUAGAUGGUUAUUACGGGAAGAACUGCAACAGACAAUGUGAUCUUAUAUGCACGUCCUGUGAGAGGUACAAUGGGGUCUGUCAGCCACAAAACCUGACUGGCGAUGAUGGCGGCACUGUACCCAAGGUUCCACAAGUGGUCACCAGAACCCCGACACAGAGCCAGAGGACAGCAAUGGAUAGUUAUGGUCCUGAAAUCAAGUCAGCGGAAACGAAAUCGGAAGAGUCGAGGGGUCUACCAUCCUUCGUGAUCUGGCUGUGCGUCGCCUUGGGUGUUCUGACCGUCAUCUCCCUGGCCACCAUCGGCAUCUGCUGCAACAGAGCAAAGAACAGGCGAAGGAAGAAAAACAUCGCUCUCCUGACCCGUAGUAUAAGUCACAGGAAUGACCCCAUCCCGGAGGUGCCUUCUCCAGUAAGAACCAAUGUCUUCAGUAAUGACUAUGAUGAAAUACCUGAAAUGUCUGAUGAAUUCUCUGGUAGGAGACAAGUUUAUGUCGAUGAAGGUCAGAAUGUUCUGAGAGUUGGAGUGGCUCACUCUGUUGUGGACACUGCCAACGUAGGCGGGAUAAUGACCAGGGACGGUGUGAGGACAGGAAAGGAUGUUAAAUACCUGUCUGUUACUGAUGUUGUAACCACAGAGGGAUACAUUGACCUCAUAGGGUGAUUGAUAGGCAACUGCAUAUACUUCAGUCAUGAUGUGUGGACAUGAUUUGCUUUUUAUGUUUCCUUUCAAUAUCCCGCCUUCAUUAUUGUUUUUAUAUAUUUUACUGUUCACGUUGUAGUUAACAAUACUCCAGCUGUACAACGACGCUAUACAAAUCUGGAUCAGGCAAAACCAGUGGUCGAUGUCAUGAGCACCGAUCCACGUAAUUAGGAUACGAUGCGUGCAAUCAGUCCAUUGACCAAACCUUAAUACAGGUCGUGGGCGGCUAAUAUGCCUUCCCGGAAUCCCCGGUGCAUAAAGGCCAUAUUGAUUUCCUUUCUGAGUUGAAUUGAUGGUGAGAAAUAAAUGCAGUCCCUGGUUUUGUGAAUAAAGUAGUAAAGUCAAUGUAAGUAAAUGAGCAUGUUUAUGUUAUGUCAAACUGAGAAACAUUAAACACAGGUAGGGUGUUAUGAUAUGCAAGAAUCGGUUGUUGUACAGAUGCAGUCCGAUGUUGUUUAAAUAUCAUAUUUUGUAUUAAGUAAUAUACGAUAAUGUCCAUAAGUAACUGGUUCAGUAUGCAGGUCUGGAGAAGAUGUGCCCAUGUAUAUAAUGUAGUAUUGUGUGAUCUGGCCCUGAUUUCUCGAAACAAACUUACGUUUUUACUCAAAUUUCAAACUGAGUUUGACAACUUGAAACAGCUGUAUUUUUAACUCAACUGCAUUAUUUACAUAAACAAGCCCUAACAACUUAACAUCUAUCCACCAAACUCAAAUGUCUACUAUGUUUGAGUUUAACAUCGAUUUUAGUUCAUUCUGGGAAAUACAUUUUCUCAGAUUUGAGCAAAACCUCUAACUUAAGUCAAAACUCAGACUUAAGUUUAUUUCGAGAAAUCGGGGCCUGGACAAGCAUAGCAAUAUAUUCCAAUUAUCUGGUUUGCCUAUGUUUUGUACAUAAUCUUCAACAUAAUUGAGUACAUAUCUAUUGACAGGAAUGUUGUUUUAUUGAUCUAUACUAUAACCUGUGCAUAUGCAGUCGAAUUUGUUUAAUGUAAGAUGUGCUUAUGUGCUUUAUUAUUAUCAUGAUAUUUUUGUAAUAAACAGAGCAUUUUGUAAAGUCAAAUACUGCUGUCUAUUUUCUCUCUUACAAAAUGCCAAAUACACCUGCACGGUUGAGGUUCGUGAACAGGGUGUUAGGUUAACAGGGCAAUUGUGUUCUGUAGGAAAUCUAGUAUGACC